CAAAAAGUCCUGCUGAUAGCACUCCAAGAAGACCUGUUUUACCUGUCAGUGCAAGAAAAAUUAAAGAUAAUGCAGCAGACUGGCAUAAUUUAAUGAUGAAGUGGGAGAGGCUGAAUGAUCAAGGAUUUACCACCGCAAACAAAAUAGUCAACAUGAAGAUUAGUGAGCAAUUACAAGACAACAAACUGGAGGUAGCAUGUGAUGACAGUGUCACAGAACCUGAAAAGCCAACUCCAAAGUACAAUGAAGAGCUGGACAAUUGCUGUGCAGAGUUACUUGAGACCUUGAAGCAUAUG